AUGGAUGAAGAGCAGGAUAACGAAGACCUAGCCAUCGAAAACCUCAAGAAACACAUCGAUAAACUCCCGCCUGAUGCAUAUGCGAUUUUAAUCUCUCCAGACGGAAGCCUGUACCCUCUCUCUUGCAAUCCCGAGGACGACGAAACCACCAGCGUGUACUAUCCGCCUUUGGAGAAACUUGAACCGCCAGAGGGCAUCCAGACUAUCACUCGCUCGGACCUGGAGGAAAUUGAUCGAAUUUCUUCAAAUGUCGAUCUCGUGUCGUAUCAGGCACACCCCGAUGCUGGCGGUGGAAAGAAAGUCGUCUUCAAAUACUACUUUCUGCAUCCAAACAUAGUUCCGUUCGACCGGCUCGUGCUGGACGAACUGAACGGUCACGUUGUUGGGUCCACAAGCGUCUACAUUCCCGGCAGCACCAUUGAGUACAACCGAUCACGCGUCUUUAAACUCGAGUGGCUUAAGCAGCUGACUCGCGUCGUGGACGACCUCAACCUCAAGCACGGCAUCAUGCAUCAGGAUAUCGCUCCACGGAAUCUUCUCGUUGAUCCGUCCACAGACAACAUCCUGGUGUUUGAUUUCAGCUACUCGGGUCGCAUUGGAGGUAUUGGGCACAUCAGCAAGCGAGACGACGUCAAGGGUGUCAUAUUCAUCACAUACGAGAUCAUCACCCUCGAUAAACACUUCAGGGAGGUGCCUUACGACCAGCAGGACCCCACUGAAAUCCAAGCGUUGGCCGCAUGGCACAAACACCCAGAUGUGCACCUCGAUCACCACGUCUCGGAAUAUCGAUCAGUGCUGAAUCACUGGGUGAAGGGGAGGCCGUAG